AUGUCUCUCAGGCCUAGCGUGAAGACGGAGGUGAGACGGAACCGGUACAAAGUGGCGGUGGAUGCGGAGGAGGGACGGCGGAGGCGAGAGGAUCACAUGAUUGAGAUCAGGAAGAACAAGAGGGAGGAGAAUCUCCAGAAGAAGAGACGCGAGGGAUUCUCAGCAGCGCCACAAACGGGAGAGGUACGAGAUGGGAAGGCCAGAGUUCUUGAUGUUGUCUCAACUCUUCCAACAAUGAGCUGGUCCGGACCAAGACUCUUGUGA